AUGGAUCCUGUCUACCCACCGACGCCAUUCUCCUUGUCUCCUGCCGACGCGAAUGCUCUCGAGCUGCUGGCAGACCACCUCGUGGCCGAAACAUUGUGGACACACGACGAGUUCGUGGCUCAAGGGCGGAUCGUCGACCUCAGUCCAUGGAGAAUGGUCAAGCAGAAGAACAACCUGACUGCGUACCGGGCCCGCAAGCACACGCCAUCAAGAUUUCGGCGGGAACGAGUCCCGAGUGACGAGACCGAAGCCGACACGAAGUUGGAGUCCGAGACGGACCCGAGCGUGACCCUCUUGAAAGACGACUCGGACGACGAAUUUGAGGACGAAUUCAGCCACGUCGAUACCAUGGAGGAGAACAUAUCGGAGAAUGCAAGACCAGAGCACGCACCGAUGGUCUUCUGCACCGGGGUGGUGCCCGGCACAGUCGAAGGCGCGGCGUUCGGCUUCCUCGCAGAUACAGAAGCCCGAAGCCGGACGCGGAAUUCCGGCAACAGAGACGUCGUGGCUGACGACGUGCGGAUCCUCGCUCGCAUCCACGGACCGACACAGGGCGACCCGUUCCGCUUCUUGGGGGUCAAGUGGUGCUUUCAUUCCACGCCUGGAGCGGCUAGAAGGUUUCUCCACCCUCGCGACUACGUCGUCCUGGAGUCCACUGGCCUCGCGCUCGACUCGGACGGCGAGCGCUUCUGCUACACGUUGAACCAUACAAUCGAGCUCGACGAGGUCCCCGACUACCGGAAAUUCAGCAACGUGCGCAUCAAGUUCUCCGCGUGCCACAUCAUGAAGUCUCACGAAUCUCCGGGGAAAAUCGAGAUCUGCAGCCGCGACUUCAUCGACGCCGGGGGACUUCUCGCUGAGCGUUUGACUACGUAUAUAUUCUGCGACGCACUGAUGAUAGCCCCGCAGACUGUCGAGGAAGCUUACACGAGGAAACUCCUGUGGCUGUAUCGCUCUCGACGUCGCGCAGAUAGCAGUCCUCCUGGUCUCGAGUCGCUCCGAAUCUCCGACACUUGUUCGUGCUGCCAUGGAAAGCUCCACACUGGCCUUGCAAAGCUCCUGGAGGGUGCCACCAACUCCAUGUGCCAGCUCUGCCGACACACUGUUUGCCGCAAGUGCGCAGUCAAGAAGGCGUUGCCCCUGGACAUUGGAGGACCCAAGCAAUUGACGAUGCAGACGCUCGACUUCUGUCUGGGCUGCUACCUGCAAGCCAAGGGCUUGUCCGCGUGGCGAGUCGCAAUCGCCACCAUGUCGACGUCGGCCACAGAGUCCAAGAGCUGCGAUCGGAUCUGA